AAAAUAAAAGCCUUAUAAAUUAUGGCAUUGAAUAGGUUAUUUUCUGGACUAACUAUAGCCGGACAGUCGAUGAUAACUAGAAGGACUAUACACAUUACUGCUAUAAAUUUCGCGAGCAAACCUAAUGUUGUAAAACCUAAACCAGGUUUCGGCAAAAGUUACAGACGUAUUGUCCAUUUUCCAGAAGAAUAUAGUGUUAAACCAUUAGAAGUAACAAACUUGGCCGGCAGGGACCCAGAAACAGGUCGCAUAGUUGCAAAAGGUAUUGGUGGUGGCAUAAAACACAAGUACCAUUGGAUACAUUGGCUGAGAGAUGGACCUAGUGAAGGACCCCCUCAGGAAGAAAAAGUUAUACAGGUUAUGGAAGAUGGCUGCAGGACAGCUCACAUAGCCUUGGUAGCAGUAGGAGAUAAGCUUAAAUACAUACUGGCUACAGAGAACAUGAAAGCUGGAGAUAUCCUCAAGACUUCCAGGCAUUUACCUAGGAUCCCUGUGAGAGCAAAUGAAGGUGAUGCAUAUGUGCUAGGAGCUCUUCCAACUGGCACGCUGGUACAUAGUAUUGAAAAAGAACCAGGUCAAGGUGGCCUGUACAUUCACGCAGCUGGAACUUUCGGCACCAUAUUGAGGAAACAAGACGACAGGGUAAUCGUCCAGAUGCCUUCAAAGCGACAGUUUAGCUUCGACAUGCAUUGUAUGGCUGUUGUUGGUCGUCUUUCAAACGUAGAUCACGGCGACACGCCAAUAGGGUCGCCGCAGCGCAAUCGUUGGCUCGGCAACCGACCGCGUUCCGGUCUUUGGCAACGCAAAAGCGGUCGUCACGGUCGCAAGAUCAAACCGCCCAAACCAGUCAAGGAAAUCCGGAAUCCAUCUAAUUUCCCUCUACCUGCCAUUAAGCUCAAUAUGACUCCUUAAUCAAUUGCAAAUAAGUUGUAAAAUUUUAGUAAAUUGUAUUAAGUAGAUGAUACAAAUUUUAUUUCAUAGAACCAAAUACAAUAAAACGCGCGAUGUAUCGUAGGUGAGGAGAUGCAACGCGCACCGAAUGCGCGCAAGUCGUUGAAGUGACAAGUCGCAACUCUACACGUCUCUUGUCUUUAGUGUAAGUUUCAAAUAUGUAAACUUAACUACCGCGUUUGCGUUAAGAUUUUAAUUUAAACCUGACAUAUAAUUAAGAUCUAAAUAAAAAUCUUAACGCAAACGCGGCAGUUAAGUUUGCUUGAUAAUAUUUACACUCAGGUCUCUGAACAAGUACAUAUUAUAAACGAAUGUAUGUAAAUUUUAAAUAUGGCGAUUUGAAAACUUGCGUUAUAUUUUUGCCAUCUGAACUUAGCCUAAUUCACACGUACAGUAUAUAACAUAUAUCUGUAAUAGAUUGCUUUUUAC